GCGCGCGCAAGCACUGAGGCCGGGGCAGCAGCAAGUCUAGGCACCGCAGGAGCCAAACGCGGGGGGCCGAGGAGGAGGAGGAGGCGACGGCGGCCCUCGGGCACUUGUCCUCGCCUCGCUCCCUUCUCGAAGCCUCAGCCUCGGCGAAAGGGGGCAACAAGAGCGCAGCAUGGAGGCGGUGCUGCUGGAGCACUUCCCCGCGGGGCUGGACUCCUUCCCCUCCGCGCCUUACUUCGACGACGAGGAGUUCUUCACCGACCAGUCCUCCCGCGACCCCCUGGAAGGCGACGAGCUGCUGGAGGCCGACGUAGACUUCCUGGCCCCGCAGUUCCACGACUGUUACCGCGGCGACGGGGCGGGCGCUGGCGCUGGGCCCGGCGGGCUCGGGGGUCAGCCCGAGGGCGCCUUCUGCUGUGAGGCGGCCACCGGCAGCUUCUCGUCCUCCUUCUCGCCGCCCUCCUCGCCCUCCUCGCCCAGCUUCGCCUACGAGUGCUGCGGACGGGCGGCGUCGCCGGGGGGCGGCCUGAAGGCGCUGAGCGCGGCAGCGGCGGCGGCGGCAGCGGCGAGGCGGCGGCGGAGGGUGCGCUCCGAGGCGGAGCUGCAGCAGCUGAGGCAGGCGGCCAACGUGCGCGAGCGGCGGCGCAUGCAGUCCAUCAACGACGCCUUCGAGGGGCUGCGCUCGCACAUCCCCACGCUGCCCUACGAGAAGCGCCUCUCCAAGGUGGACACGCUGCGCCUGGCCAUCGGCUACAUCAACUUCCUCAGCGAGCUCGUCCACUCCGACCUGCCCCUGCGCAGCGCCGGCAGCCAGAGCCCCUGCCAGCCCAAGAAGGUCAUCAUCUGCCACCGGGGCACAAGAUCGCCUUCUCCAAGUGACCCAGAUUAUGGACUUCCUCCUCUAGCCGGGCAUUCUCUCUCCUGGACUGAUGAGAAACAGCUCAAAGAACAAAACAUUAUUAGAACUGCUAAAGUGUGGACCCCAGAAGACCCUAGGAAGUUAAACAACAAACCUUCCCUAAACAACAUAGAAAACGAGCCCCCGUUUGACUUCGUGUAAUGAAAUGUGAAUGGAUUGGACUGUAAAUAUUAUUAUACCUGUGUACAUGUGUACUUAAAGACUUAUAUUUUUUCAAAGGUACUUUACAAUACAAAAGAAAAUUUUCAUGGCAAUCAACUUUUUUAUUUAUAUAUUUAUUUGGUAAAGUUAUGGAAAUUAAACUGUCCUUUUGAAUGUAUAAUUUAUAUAAUUUAUCCUAAUUUUAAAAUAUGCAAUAAUUUGAAGUUUCUUAUACCAGCAAUUUUGGCCCAGUUUUGCCAUUGGGGCAAAAUUAUUAGUUGGAAAAAAUAAAACACUUUCCCGACAAUGUGAACGUAAUUUAUUACCAUUUGCUGAAGAUGCCAAUUAUAUUAUAUUAAUAUUAUAUU